GUUUUCGGUAUUGUUGUAGCAAUCCCGGUAUUCUGUGUUUUUGGCUUUGGAAAAGUAAAGUUUUCUAUCAUAGAAACGCGUGGACCAGAGUUAAAGCGUGACGAGAUAUAUUGUGCGCACCAGCCAUACUCCUUCCAGCGGAUGGCAAGAAAUCGUGCCAUUCGUUUAGCAAUUUUCAGACAAAUGCAUCUCAUCGUGCCCAUUUGAUGGAUAAUAACAACUCGGCGGUGGCAGUAAAGUGUGUGAAAACAGUGGUCGCAAAACAAACCCGAGCAGAUAACAGCUGGUGGUGUUGAAUAACGGUGUGUGUGGUAUUCUUGAUACGGGCCGGAAAUAAGCGUAUGGCAAGAUGGAGGUGUGCUGCUUAAAAAUGGCUUCCAGAUGCAGGCCAACGCGACCAAUAAAGGACAUAACACAGCUUGCUUCGGCUGGUUCUUCGCACGAUUGCGGUGCCCUGUCUCGGGUAGUAAUGGUUAGAAAAACGGACCAGCGCGUAAUCAACCACAAGGGUAGUCAAAAGGAUCCACUGUGUGAGGUGAUUACCAUGGAAACGAUACAGACGUACAAGGGACACAAACCAGACCGGACGGUAGUGUUUAAGGAGAAGUUCGAUCUUAGCGGAAAUGACAUGUCACGCUCAUUUUCGACUGGCAAACUCUCAAUUGGUUCUCCACGGCUCUCAAUCUCCCCACUGCGAACAAUCCUUACAACGAGUGCCGAGUUGGAAAAGAAUCACUCGAAAAGCGAUCGGAACAACAAUACAUCACUAGGUAGUAAAGCAUCAUCUAGCGAUCCAAAACGCCUGAGCGGACAGUGUGUGGUUGGGUCGCUCCGUCCAAAGUCACUGGACCGGAGCAACAAUAAUGCGAGUCCUCUGCUGCGACACUCCAAAAGUCCUUCAAAGAGUCCCUCUAUUAACAGCUUGCGGCCGAGUAACGGUGGUUCACAGUCGUCGCUACGUGGCAGCACUCCUUCAUUAUACACUGAGUUCGAACGCGAGUGUCUAAAAGCUCAUAACGAGUACCGUACACAACAUGGCGUAUUGCCGCUAAAGCUAAGCAAGCGUUUGUGUCGGUUUGCGGAAGAGUGGGCUAAGGUGAUUGCAGCUCGGGGUGUGUUGGUACAUCGGAGCAAUUCGGCGUAUGGGGAGAACAUUUUCUGUUCGUGGAGCUCCUCCAACACGGCUGGUUCCAGUAUGUUCGUGAGUGGACGGGAACCGGUCGAGAACUGGUACAGCGAGAUCGACCUGCACGUAUUUGGGAAGGAGCCAGCAACACUGAAGACGGGACAUUUCUCGCAGGUCGUAUGGAAAGAUAGCCGUGAACUUGGAGUUGGGUUGGCAAGAAAUCGCUCCGGACAAGUGUUUGUGGUGGCUAAUUAUGAUCCACCGGGAAAUUAUAUUGGCAGCUUCGCGAAGAACGUCCCACCGGUGGGAGGCUUUGAAAUACCGAAGAUUAUUCUCGACAAACCGUCAGUUCUUAAGCAAACGGCUGAGAACAAACGAACCAAAAAUACGACAUCAUCGUCGUUGCGACUGCCUGGUUUCGAAAAACCUGAAAAGCAUGUCCGUAUCGUGGAUGAAAAUGACCCGGAUCAGUUUGAUGAUUUUGCGAUGGCAAUACUGAAGCAUCACAACGAAUACCGGAGGCGCCAUGGUGCGGUGGAUUUAGUCCUUGACAAGGAGCUAGUCCGAGAUGCACAACAAUGGUCUGAAAUUUUGGCUAGAGACGACCGUUUUACCUAUCGCCAGAACUCUAAAUACGGCGAGAAUCUCUACUGUCUUUGGUCCUCGGAUAGGAACGCUCGUCCAAACGCAAGGGACGUCUGUCGGUCGUGGUAUGAGGAGGUCAAACAGUACGUUUUCACGGUGGAACCGCGAACUGCCAUUAAGGGUGGUCAGUUUACGCAGAUGGUGUGGAAGGGAACGAAAGAGCUGGGGGUUGGUAUGGGUCUAACGCGCACUGGUAAGGUGAUUGUGGUUUGUACGUACUAUCCGCGAGGGAACGUAUUAGGACAGUUUUUGGUCAACGUUAGUCGGGCGCGUUAAAACGAAUGGAACUUGAUAAUGUGGAACAAAGGCUUUAUUAUGUAAAGCAGUACCUUUCAUUAUUUAUGCGAUAAUCAGGAAAGAAGCCUUAAUCCGAGUAGGGAACACACAAAACUACACUUGCAAAGCCUGACUGCUAUUGAUGAUUACCGUUGAAGGCGUUUCAUUAUAAAUCCAGGAAACACAUCUGUUUGGCAGCGUUUUGCAGUUGUAAAAAAAACCUUUUUUAAUAAGUACCUUAAUCAGAUUAUAUGUAAGCUUGCGUAUGAAUACGCAUGCAAAACGCACAAAUUUGAGAAGAAAGAUAUAUUAUCUUGGGUAGGCAGUAUAAUCCAAGUAUUAAUAAUUUGAUAUAGCACCUGCCAGUAAAAGCUUAUGUAGAGAAAAGCGCAUCUCUCCUGCGCAGAGCAGCAAAGUGAACAUUAAUUAUUCGAUACUUUGCUAUACUACGCCUUGCUUACUAUACCUAUCCAGUGUGCAAGGUAGAAUAACAAAACAAAAACGAUGCAUUGAAACAAGAUACACAUUAUCGCUACACGUGUUCUACACAUUUGUCACGAAUUAUCUGAAAUUUCAUUAAAUAAAAUACAUUAAUGGAUUUACACAGUCA